AUGACUCGGCUUCUCUCAUACCUUAUUACUUUCGUAACCGCACUCACCACAAUCGGUUUUCUCUUUCAUCAGUCAAAGGUAUCAAUGCCGACCAUUAAGGAACGGGAACAACCCGAAAUGAGAAUAGAUGUUGUGGGAAGUUAUCUGUGUGACGACAAAGAAGAGAAGAAAUUCAGAGCCAGGUUUGGUAGGGGCCCAGGCGUUUCAGUUAGAGGAUGGCCAUCCAAGGGUGGCAUAUAUAUAUUGGAGCGAUGCUUCAAUAUCGAACUGGACUUUCUCAAGCUGGACAAAUUUCAUGAUACGCCACAGCCAUCUCCAUCUAACCCUAAUGCCAUAGCUGAAGAAGAGGCGCACUGCGAUCGGAGAAGUAAAAGCGAGGAAAACAUGAGACAAAUUCAACAGGCUGUCAACCCACGUCUAGGAAAACCCUUCAUCAAAGUUGGAUGGCCUGCCGGAGGUGGAGUCUGGGUUCUCAAUAUAACUGAAGAUGAGGCUAUCACAAGAGGUGUCGGUAUCAUUUACAAUGCUUCUGAUAUGGAACAUCGAUGCCGAUUGACUGAACAAUUAGGAGGCGCCUUCUUUAAAAAUCCGAACGAUUGGUUAGACUUGGAUUUGCCUUGA